AUGAUGAAGAGAUUGUUGCUGCUGAGGCUUCAGGAGUCCAGAUUGAUCAACCAGAAGUGCAUGCACCUACUGUGGCCAUUCACACUUCACCAGUUGAGCUCGCACGGCAAGCUCGAUCGGCAGUUGAGCUUCACCUUCCUACCAAAGGUCAAGGAUCAAGGGAAAUUCACUCUCCCUUGCACACUUGGGCAUCUUGAGAUUGACAAUGCCUUAGUGGAUUCUGGAGCAAGCAUCAAUCUGAUCUCUCUCUCCAUGGCAGAGAAGCUAGGCAUUGCUGGAGCCUUGCAGCGCCCUACUACUUCAAUCAUGUUUGGAGAUGCAACUUCUAAGUCUCCUCUUGGAGUGUUCAAGAACUAUCACUUGAAAAUUGGAGAAUGCAUCAUCCAAACUGAUCUCACUGUGAUGGAAAUGGAAGAAGAGAAGGACUUACCUCUGUUAUUGGGAACCCCUUUCCUUAGUACAGUUGGCGCUUCAAUUGACUUUUACAAGCAAGAAGUGAUCCUUCACAAGGAUAAGGAUGAGAGAGGACCAAGGAUUGAGAAGCCACGUCUUGAGAGGGCUAGAGUUGAGAAACCACGAUCUGAUAGGCCAAGAGCUGAGAGACUUGUUCAAGCCCCUUGUGUGCUUGAUGAAGAGAGCCUUCAAGCUUUGUUUGAUGAGCCACUAGGAAGGGCUCUAAAAGAAGGGGAGGAUGCAGCCUCUAAGGCAAGACCAGGUGAUAAAAGAAAGGAUCCACCAGCUCAGGCCCCUUCAGUCAAGCCAUCUCAGCUCACAAUGACCUUGUUCCCCACCAAGUUUGAAAAUGGGAAGAUUGAGUACAAGAUAAGGUACAAGGGGAGAUCAAGGCCAUUCUCUAGAGCCAAGGCCUUGGUGACUUCAGAACAGUCCAGGGACCCAACCAAGCUAAAGGAGCUUCUGUCUCAAGUCCUCACUAUCACCCUUGAUGGUGGGACUAGCUCAACCAAUGCCUAG